UCAUCGCCAUAGAAAAAAUUACCUUUAGUUGUAAAGUAUAGUAAAUUUAAAAAAAAAUAAGUAAGAAGUUUGACUGUAUAAUAUAAUCUGUAUACAAAACACUUCCAUAAAUUUCGAUAUUAGGAUAUUAAUUAGUACACAUGUGAUAUGGAUUUCGAUUUAAGUAAAGAAAAUAUUCAACCUUUACGUGGGGGACGCAAUGCAACACAACUUGGAACUGCUUUACAAGCUCAAAAUGAUUCGGAAUAUCAAAAAGAACUGUUGCAACAGAAAGAAGAAUUUGAAAACAUAAUAAAAAAUUAUAAAGGUCCUGAUCCAUUAGAAAAUUGGUACAAUUAUAUUUCAUGGAUUGAACAAAGUUAUCCAAAACAUGGACAUGAAGGAAAUUUGGCUGCAUUAUUGGAAGAUUGUUUAGGCAAAUUUGAAUAUGAUCAGAGAUAUUUACAAGAUCGACGAUUAUGUAAACUAUUUAUUAAAUAUUUUGAUCUUCAACACAAUCCAUUAGAAUUAUUUCAACUGUUGUAUAGUCGUGGUUUUGGUACAAAUUUCACCGAUUUUUAUCGUGCAUGGGCAUACUAUUAUGAAGCUAGUGGUGAUUUCAAACGUGCUGAUCAUAUAUUUCAAUUAGGUUUUCAAGCGAAUGCACAACCUCCAGAAGAAUUAAAAUUAGCAUAUGACAAUUUUACAAUGGCAGUAGGCCGCCAUGUACUACGAGGAAGUGCGGAUACAAAUCAUUUAGCUGAAAAACGACGUGCAUUAACAUCAUUACGUGCAUAUAAACAUAAACAUCGGACAAUUGUUCCAAGUCAACGUACUGGAGCUAAUGUUGUGGACUAUUUACCAGGCACAAUAAAAUCAGUCAACGAACCUAGCCGAUCUAGUAAUUAUCGAGUAGAUGUAUUUCAGGAUAGUGGUGAAGAAGGUAUUGCAGGUCCAAGUCAAUCCACAUCUUCCUCUGCUAAACCAAAAAGUAUUUUAGAUAGUGCAUCUAAACAAAGUGCACACAAAGAAAAUUUGAUAAAACCUGGCCCAUGGAAUAAUGCAUUUCAAAAGAAAAGUGGAAUACCCAGUUCCAGUAUAAAUUUUACAGUUCAUGAAGACGAUGCGGAACAAGAACAAGCUAAACAAGAAAAUAAUUGUUCUUCUACACCACCGAUUCAACAACCAGCAGUUGCAGCAACGGUUAAUCAUUUUGCUGAUUUGGAUGUUGAGCUAUUUAUACCCGAACCAAAUAACAAUACAAAAAUAUCACAAUAUAAUAUUAACGAAGUUUAUGUAAAUAAUAAUGAAUUUAGUUUUGAAGAGUUAAAUACUAGAAAAUAUUUUGAACGUAAAAAAUUAAUGGAACAACAAGUAAAACAAGAACAACAACAAAUGUAUCAGCAGCACAAUUAUAUAACAAAUUAUGGCAACAAUUAUCAUGGAAAUGAUAACAGCGGAGGUAACGGUGAACAACAUCAAACAACCACACCAUUAAAACAACGUUUAUCAGUAUUAAAAGUAACAUCGCCAACAAUUGAUUCAACAAUUGAUCAACAACAAAUUAUGCAUGAAGGGGGUGGUAUUGUAAAUGGUAUUACGGAUCGACGUAAACCAAUAUCGUCAAAUUUAAUGGAAGCAUUCAAUAAUUCACAUGACAAACAAAAUAAUUUACCACAAAAUACACCAGAAGAAGUUGCAAAAGCUGUUGAAAGUAUAUCAUCAGCAUCAACAAAGCUAUGGAACAAUACACCUGAACCACCUGUACGAAAUGAUAGUAUUACCACGCACACUAAAGAAGCUAUGUAUGAGGUGAACAAUUUAUGGGCCGACACAAACCAAUAUUCCUAUCAUCAAGAUUAUCAAAAACAAAAUUUUACAAUACAUGAAGAUGUUGUUGAUGAUAAUCAACAAAUUCAUCAACAAAAUUAUUUAAUGCAAAAUCAACAUCAUCAACAACAACAGCAGCAACAGCCGCAACAGCAACCAUUUGCUAUUUAUUCUGAUAAUUAUGAUUAUCAACAACAACAACCGACACAUGCAGCUGCUCAACAACAUCAAAUGACACAAAUGCAUCAACAUCAAAUGCAUACAAAUCAACAUCAAUUAAUGUCACCCAAUCAACACCAUCAAAUACCACAACAGAGUCCACAUCAAUUACCACAACAGAGUCCGCAUCAAAUACCACAACAGAGUCCCCAUCAAAUACCACAAAGUCCACAUCAAAUGCACCAUCAACAAAAUCAACAUCAAAUGCAUCAACAAAACGCACAUCAAUUGCAUCAGAUGCAUCAUCAACAAAGUCCUCAUCAAAUGCAUCAUCAACAAAGUGCACAUCAAAUGCAUCAUCAACAAAGUGCACAUCAAAUGCAUCAACAAAGUCCACAUCAAUUGCAUCAUCAACAAAAUCAACAUCAGAUGCAUCAACAAAGUCCACAUCAAAUGCAGCAUCAAUUACAACAACAACAGCAACAUCAUUUACAAGCAGCAGCUACUCAACAUCAAUUACAACACAACCAACAUCAACAUUAUAAUAAUCAAAUACAACAGCAUUAUAAUAAUCAACAAUAUCAUCAGCAACAACAACAACAACAACCACAAACACCAAUAAAUCAGCAGCAACAUCAUCGAAUGGUAAAUAAUUAUGACGAGACAACGGUAUCAACACAAAUGUUUAAUUUUAAUUUACAAAAUACGAAUAUAAGUACACCCUAUAAUGAUCGUAAAAUGCAACAACAUCAACAACAACAAGCGGCAAAUACCCUACUUUAUCAACAACAGCAACAUCAACAACAACAACAACAACAACAACAGCAGCAGCAUUAUGUAUCGCCGUUACCUGGUGGAGCUUACAAUGUACAUCAAAAAAUGUUAUCACCAACUGUUGAUCAUAAUAAUAGUUAUAAUCAAACUAUAUCACCAAUGCAACAUCAUUAUUCACAAAUACCACCAACUUCAGUUUCCACUCCACUUAAUCAUUCUAACGCACGUCAAGAAUUAUUUCCACAGUAUUCAAAAGUAAAUGUAACACCAAUACCUCAACAAAAUACGGUGGCUACGCCACAGCAGCAGCAACAGCAACCACAAACACAACCGCCAGUAUCAACCCCGACAUCCACGGUGAAUGCUUAUCAAAAUUACAUACAAAAUCAACAAUAUAAUAUGAUAACGAACGAUCAACAACAACAGAAGAUGAAUGAUGAAACGAUUCAUGAAAAAACUGGAAAUAAAUUAUCAGUUAUAUUAGAAAAUUCAAAAGAAUAUCGAUCAAUGUCAAGUGCUGGUGCUGGACAAUCUUCGAGUAGUGGUAGUUCUGGUUCAACACUUAAAAAUACACUUGCAACAACACCUGGUCGGGAAAGUAGUUUAUCAGCAAUUAAAGAAAUGUCACCUGCUUCUUCUGUUUCCGGUGCUAGUCGAGAUACUUGUGUAGAUAUUACAAACAAUAAAUGUAAAUCGAAAUCAAUAGGUAUGGAGUAUGAAGUUGGUGAGGCAAUGUUACAACUAAGUCAAGAAAUCUAUUUAAAUGAUGAACAAAAAGAUGAACCAUCUGAUUAUGCUGGUUCAAACAAUAAUCAUACUCAAAAUAAUUAUUUACGUGGUUCUGUUGAUAUUUAUGUUGAUCAAAAUAGUAAACAUUCAACAGAUAGCUAUAGUAGUCCACCAAAAGACGAUAACCAGCAGGAGGAUGUUAUGGAUUGGGAUGAACAUUCAACGAAUUCAAUGGAUUAUGCAAUUGGUUGUCAAAACUUAUCUGCAAUAUUGACAUCCGAUAAACCAGUCAAUCCAUUUGAUCCAAAAGUCAUUGAUUGUUUAUUAAAGAAAGCACGUUUUCCAAAUAUACGUCAUACAACUGGUUAUAUAAAAGUUCAACAAAUACCAAAAAUUUCACCAAAAGAUUCAGUGUUUUUGAAGAAUGAUAAAUAUUUAAUUGAUAAAGUAUUAGGUAAAGGUACAUUUGGUACUGUUUUUAAAGCGAAUAAUAUGACAGAUGGUGGUAUUGUUGCUGUUAAAUAUCAAAGGCCAUCAAAUUUCUGGGAAUUUUAUAUAUGUAAAGAAAUACAACAUCGUAUUAAAGAAUCAAUGUUGCUAUUAUCGUUUAUGGAUAUAACAAAAUGUUAUUAUUGUAAAAAUUCGUCAUUAUUUAUAAGUGAAUUUUCAAAAUAUGGAUCAUUAUUAAAUGUUGCAAAUAAAGUGAAGAAAGUAACUGGUAAACAAUUCAAAGAAGUUGUUACAUAUCAUUUUGUUGCUGAAAUGAUACGUAUUGUUGCUGCAUUACAUCAAUGUCAAAUCAUUCAUGCUGAUAUUAAACCUGACAAUUUCUUAGUUAUGCGCUUACCUCCUGAUAGUGGUGGUCGGCUAUCGUUACAAUUAAUUGAUUUUGGAUGUAGUAUAGACAUGACAUUAUUUCCAUCUGAUAUGUGUUUUUAUCAAGUGGUUACUACUGAAGAUUUUACAUGUACUGAAAUGCGAGAAGGUAAACCAUGGACUUAUCAAACUGACUUAUUUUGUAUAGCAGCAACUGCCUAUGUAAUUUUAAUGGGUGAAUAUAUGAAAGUGAAAAAGGAAGAUGGUGACUGGACAGUACUCAAACGUUUUCCACGUUAUGUAAAUUUAGAAAUAUGGAGGCCAUUUUUCCGACAAUUAUUAAACAUUGAAAGUUGUGAUAACCUUCCCGAUCUAACACAAAUGCAGGCACAUUUUCAAAGUAUAUUAAAUGAACGGCAUAGUGAUUUAACGUAUGAAUUAAGACAAAUCGCAAAUAUAAUGAAUGAUAGAUAG